GAACAACUCUCUGAAGAGCCACAGAUCUUCAUUUUAGAACACCUACUGUGUGCCAGAAACUGAACUGCAAUGAUGAACAAGAUAAACAGAAUACUCUAUGGUUCUUCAUCGGCAUGACUAAAAGGAAAAUAUUAAAAAUCAUUUCACCUUUUCAGGUAUGUGCUCUGACCAGGAAUCAAACCACCAACGCUUCAGUGCAUAGAAUGACGUUCUCUUCCAAUUGAGGCACUCCAUCAGGUAAAGCAGGCGGAGCGCAGCAAGGCGCCUGUCGCCAUGCCGUUCCCAUUUGGGAAGUCUCACAAGUCUCCAGCGGACAUCGUGAAGAACCUGAAGGAGAGCAUGGCCGUUUUGGAGAAGCAAGACAUUUCUGACAAAAAAGCAGAAAAGGCCACAGAAGAAGUUUCCAAAAAUCUGGUUGCCAUGAAAGAAAUUCUCUAUGGCACCAAUGAAAAAGAGCCGCAGACGGAAGCAGUGGCACAGCUCGCUCAGGAACUGUACAACAGCGGGCUCCUGAGCACCCUGGUAGCAGACCUGCAGCUCAUUGACUUUGAGGGCAAAAAAGAUGUGGCUCAAAUUUUCAACAAUAUUCUCAGAAGACAAAUUGGUACAAGAACUCCUACUGUUGAAUACAUCUGCACCCAACAGAAUAUUUUGUUCAUGUUAUUGAAAGGGUAUGAAUCUCCUGAAAUAGCUCUAAAUUGUGGAAUAAUGUUAAGAGAGUGCAUCAGACAUGAACCACUUGCAAAAAUCAUUUUGUGGUCAGAACAGUUUUAUGAUUUCUUCAGAUAUGUUGAAAUGUCAACUUUUGACAUAGCUUCUGAUGCAUUUGCCACAUUCAAGGAUUUACUUACAAGACAUAAAUUGCUCAGUGCAGAAUUUUUGGAACAGCAUUAUGAUAGAUUCUUCAGUGAAUAUGAGAAGUUACUUCAUUCAGAAAAUUAUGUGACAAAAAGACAGUCACUCAAGCUUCUCGGUGAACUAUUAUUAGACCGACACAACUUCACAAUUAUGACAAAAUACAUCAGUAAACCUGAGAACCUCAAAUUAAUGAUGAACCUGCUACGAGACAAAAGUCGUAACAUCCAGUUUGAGGCCUUUCACGUUUUUAAGGUGUUUGUUGCCAACCCCAACAAGACACAGCCCAUCCUAGACAUCCUCCUCAAGAACCAGACCAAACUCAUAGAGUUCCUCAGCAAGUUCCAGAACGACAGGACCGAGGACGAGCAGUUUAACGACGAGAAGACCUAUUUAGUCAAACAGAUCAGGGACUUGAAGAGACCAGCUCAGCAAGAAGCCUAACUCCCAACAAACACCCGAAAUAUUAAAUCCAAACCCAGCACCUGCUGUUAGCGCGUCAGCAUCAGGCAACUCUCACCGAUCCAUGAGGAGCGCUACGCUAAUCUGCUGUUAAGUGAACGGUUUUUCAUUUUACCUUGUUUUUUUUUUUAGUCCAACUUGGAGAGCAUAGCUGCUGCUUUCUUGCACACUAGAGCACACGUGGACUUUUUCUUGAUCUUUGUGUCAUUCAGAAUUCAGAGACUCUGUUUGCUGUAGGGGUUCUGGACACGGCUAGGUUCCAGAGGGCAAAUGUCGGGGUGACAGUGUGGCGGAGGGUUGGAAGGCGUUGGUAGGGUCAGAUUAAAUCUGCAGGCUUGUGUCUAUCUUUGUUAGAGAUGCAGGUGUGGGCCCUUGGGGAGAGUUGUCUGCCUUCGCUGCAGGGGGACGGCGCAGCACUGUGUUUGAGGUCAGGGACUGGACCCACAGUGUGAGCUUGUGGGUGGAUGAAGUUGACAUGCGAAUGAAUUGAUACUGAAACUUAGCAACUUCUUACAAGUGUGAAGCUUCAUAAGGUCAUAAGGAAAAUGUAUAUACGCUUUUCACAGCUUUCUAGAAUUUUUUGACAUUUGAUUUUCUUGAGAUGUGUAAACCUGGAUAUAUUGGAAGGUGUUUGUUAAUUUCCCUUUCGAAGGUCUUCUCAAACAGUAGAACUAGCAAGGACACCUCGCAUCUCAUUGCAACAAUGCUUACAGGUUUCUUUUGUAUAUAAUUCUUAGAAUGCUCAUUUCUUUUAAAUGAUUUAAUUUGUACAGCAGAGGAAUGUUAUUGUAUUAGUAUGUAACUAUUACCUAAUAUUGAGUUUUUGCAAAAAAAAAGUGAAUGCUCAUAUGUAAUUGAAAUACUUCAGAUCACAUGAAAAUGCUGAUUUAACAUAUAAGUAUCACAGCAUUAAAAGAAAAAAGUAAACCAAUCGUUUGUAUUCAGUUAUCUAGUGGGGUGCCAUCAGUAGGGUACAAUACAGACUUGGGACUCAGCUCCUCUCUCCUGCAUAUUACUGGCCUUAUUCAUCUAAAACGAGUCACGAGCGUGCUGGGUCUGCGAGUGACCCCGAGGGUGCCAGUCAGCGCUGCUGCUCGGGGAGCCUCAGCGAGCACCUUUCCUUAGGUGAGUCGUCAGCACGGCGGUAGUGGAACGGAAUCGCUACGACUUUGGCUUCUCUUAGGAAAAGGAGAGUUCCUAGUCAUAGGUGUCCUGUGGGGAAAUUUAUUUUUUUUAAUGUCCUAUUCCUAAUGCUGCAAAUUAUCAGUAUUUAAAAGGGAACUGAUUUUGCACCACUUUUUGUUACUGUGACCACGGCAGAACAGCGUCUCCUAGGAUAUGUCUGUGUAAAGUUAGAAUGGUUUCUGUUCAUCUUAGUGAUACAAAGAUCACAACUAACACUUGCCAUCAGAGUCUGCCGCUCGGACCCAGCAUGGCUGUGCCUGACACGAUCACCCUUCGCUAGCUCUCCUGCCGAUGGAGCUGUUGCCAGCCUGAGACGGACUCCCCGGGGACCUCAGCAGGUCGCGGGACCUCCUCCUAGGAACACCAGUCAGGAAACUAGCUCCAGAAAACCUAGAUGUAUUUUAUUCUAUUUAAUUCAACAGCAGUCGACAUUAUAGUUGGUUUUCCUGAGGCUGUCUUUACCAAAGCCUGUGUGGAACCAUCCGUGUUUCCCAGCGGGGCAGGGAAAGGGCCAGGCGCCCUGGAGGGAGGGCACCCAGGUGUGAGGGGCAGGCCUGGCCGCGGUGAGACCUGCGCCCGUGUCCAGAGCUGGGCGCCGGGGUCUGGCCGUGAGAGCUGAGCUGUGCCGCGUGCGAGGAAGGUUCCGGCCAAGCUGGGCCCGGACUGGAGACGCCACAGACACCACGUGUUCCUGUCGCAUUGGAAUCUGGACAUAGUUAAAAUUUGGGGGUAGUUUUGGUUUUUUGUCUUUGUUUUUAAACAAAAAUGUGAAAACAUUCAAAGUUGAAAAGUUGCAUUUGAAGUUAUGAUCAUUUAAUAUAUUCAUGUUACCAAAACUCUUAUGCUGGAAGUGUUUCUCUCUGUGUUCUAAAGGUUUGAUUUUACAUAAGUCAGUUACUCCAUGUGAUUUUUAACCCUGAAAAAGGUGGAGAUGUACACACCUGUUACCACCACCAUGAGAGCAUCUCCUUUCUCCUGACGAAAAGGAUUUCUUGUCAGACCAUGGCUGGCCCUGUAAUUUAAAUUAAAAUAAAAUUUUGGAGAA